AGAUUUUCUAAAGCACCGAACAUCUUCAACCUCUCCUCAACGAUAAGAGAAAUCCUCAACUCCCACUCUCUCACCCAAUCAUUCCCCAUUGUUCUUCCCGUCCACAUCUCUCUCUCUCUUUUCCUCAACAUCUCCAUACCCAAUCAAAAUCACCCAUUUGCUCUCUUCCUCAUAAACCCCUCACAUACACACCACUCUAGUAGUACACUCGCUCUCUCAUACCCACAAAACCAUUUCCCUCAAACACACUUUGUCUCUUCCUGGUGAGCAACAAUGGCCUCUGCAACCACACCCACUAGUCUCUCUCUCCUCCACACUUCCUCUGCCACCUCCUCCUCUUCCCGCACUCGCUCUUCUCUCCUCCAUCUCUCUCCUUCGUCUUCUUCUUCACCCUCCUUGCGUCUCCGACCCACCACCCUCCGUGGCCUUGGUUUCGUCGCUUGUGAUCCGCUCUUUGCUCUAAAUGUUGCUUCCAAAGUUCGAUCCUUUGGAGCUGGAAAAGGGGUCAGAGGAAUCGUUUCCAUGGCGAAGAAGAGCGUUGGGGAUUUGACAGAGGCGGACUUGAAAGGAAAGAAGGUGUUUGUGAGAGCUGACUUGAAUGUUCCUCUGGAUGAUAACCAGAAGAUCACUGAUGAUACCAGGAUUCGAGCUGCUGUUCCAACCAUCAAGUAUUUGAUUGAGAAGGGUGCUAAAGUCAUUCUUUCCAGCCAUUUGGGAAGACCAAAAGGUGUGACUCCAAAAUUUAGCUUGGCUCCUCUUGUACCUCGGCUUUCUGAACUCCUUGGCAUACAGGUUGUGAAGGCUGAUGAUUCUAUUGGCCCAGAGGUGGAAAAGUUGGUGGCUUCACUUCCUGAUGGCAGUGUGCUUCUUCUUGAAAAUGUGAGGUUUUACAAGGAGGAAGAGAAGAAUGAUCCUGAACAUGCAAAGAAGCUUGCCUCCUUAGCAGAUCUAUAUGUCAAUGAUGCUUUUGGAACUGCACAUAGAGCUCAUGCCUCAACUGAGGGUGUCACAAAAUUCUUAAAACCAUCUGUUGCUGGUUUUCUUUUGCAGAAGGAACUUGACUAUCUUGUUGGGGCAGUAUCAGUCCCAAAGAGACCAUUUGCUGCCAUUGUUGGUGGUUCAAAGGUCUCAUCCAAGAUUGGAGUGAUUGAGUCUCUACUUGAGAAAGUUGAUAUCCUACUUCUUGGUGGAGGUAUGAUCUUCACAUUUUACAAGGCACAAGGUCUUUCAGUGGGUGCAUCUCUGGUUGAAGAAGAUAAGCUUGAUCUUGCAACAUCACUCAUUGAGAAGGCCAAGGCAAAAGGGGUAUCUCUUUUGUUGCCUACUGAUGUGGUUAUUGCAGACAAGUUUGCUCCUGAUGCAAACAGCAAGAUUGUGCCAGCAACUGCCAUUCCUGAUGGAUGGAUGGGAUUGGAUAUUGGACCAGACUCUGUUAAGACAUUCAAUGAGGCGUUGGACACUACUAAAACCGUCAUUUGGAAUGGACCAAUGGGUGUGUUUGAGUUUGACAAGUUUGCAGUUGGAACUGAGGCUGUUGCAAACAAGCUAGCAGAGCUUAGCAAAAAGGGAGUGACAACGAUCAUUGGAGGUGGAGAUUCUGUUGCUGCUGUAGAGAAAGUAGGAGUUGCAAGUGUGAUGAGCCACAUUUCAACUGGUGGUGGUGCAAGUUUGGAGUUAUUGGAAGGCAAACAACUUCCUGGUGUGCUUGCUCUUGACGAAGCAACACCGGUUCCUGUGUAAGACAUAUCUUUAUUUGAUUUUUCCCCCCAGUUCCUAUGUGGGGUGUUUUUUAUUUGAGCUUGUAAAGGAGAAAAAAAAUGUUUUUAGGGAGAUAUGAGUUAUUGUUGUUGUAUAUUUUCAAUGCUGCCUGCUCUCUGAUCCCUCAUGCUGUCUCCACAUCCUUUGCUUCCUAGUACAAACUGCUAAAGAGACUGUAGAGUGUUUUUAGAAGGAGAAUCAUUCCAGCAAUCUAAUAAAUUGAUCCUUUUCUCAUA